AUGAGUGGGUUUUGCGUUCCUGUUUGCAUCUCUGGGGGAUUUGAUGGUGGAGGGGCGUUUGGGGAGGAGGAGGAUGGGACUGGGCUAGAUAAGACUGAUGAGAUGGAGGGGGGAGAGGAGGGUGAGGAGGGGAGUGAAGGGGAGAAUGCGGACGAUUUUGUGGAGGAAAAGGGUGGGAUUUCUGUGGGGGAUGGGCUAGAUGAGGCUGAUCGGAUGGUGGGGGGAGAGGGGGAUGAGGAGGGCAGUGAGAGGGAGAAUGUGGAGGAGGGUGAGGAGGGGAGUGAAGGGAAGAAUGUGGAGGAGAGUGAGGAUGGGGAGUGUGAAGGGGAGAGUGAGGAGGAGGAGGAGGAGGAGGAGGAGGAGGAGGAGGAGGAGGAGGAGGAGGAGGAGGAGGAGGAGGAGGAGGAGGAGGAGGCGUCAGUUGAGUGUGAUUCAAUCAAGAGAGAUGACGGGCGAGAGAGCGAGGGAGGUAGGGAGGGGAUUGAAUUACUGGAGCAAGUACAAGACGUUGAAGGGGGGUUGCUACGGGUGGGUGGGGGGAAGCAGGACAAUGGGUCAUGGCAGCAAGGGGAUGAAGGGAAGCAGCAGGGCUCUGUGUCAGGAUUUGAUGCGCUGUGGAAGUCAGCAGGUGAGGUGGAGCAUGUUGAGCAAGUUACCCGAGAGGGGUUGCUACAGGGGGAUGGGGGGAAGCAGCAGGGCUUCGAGGUGUGUUCAAAUGCGCUGUGGAAUUCAGCAGGUGAGGUGGAGCAUGGUGAACAAGGCGUUAGAGAGGGGUUGCUACAGGGGGAUGCAGGGAAGCAUGGAUCAGUAUGGCAGGCAGAGGGGUUGCAGCAAAGCAGUGGGGCAUGUGAGACUGAUGGGAUGAAGGUGGGUGACGCCUCGUGUGAGACCGAUAGGGAGGGUAAGACAGGUGACGGGACGUGUGAAACUGGUGGGAUGAAGGGGGAAGAAGCGCAGAGGGAGAAAGCGCGGGGGUGGAUGAGGUGGAAGGUUUUGGCUGCCGUGGGUGCUGCUGCUGUGGUCGUAGGCGGGGCUGCUGUGAUUAUGGCGAAGGGGAGGGACUGGAAGAGGGGAGGGAGAGAAAGGAGAGGGGAGAGGAGGGAGUGGGGGCAGCAGAAGGAGGAGAAGUGGAGGGAGGCAGAUUGGAUGGGUCUGGAAAGGGAAAGGGAAGAAACGGGGGAGGGAAGGCAAGAGGGGUCAGAGAGGCAGGGGGAAGGGGAAGGGCAUCGUGUCAAUAUUUGGGGUAAGGGGAUGGGAGAGGAGGCGGAGGAGAGAGAGGAGGGUAAGGAGGGAGAUGAGGGGGAGGAGGGAUGGUUGGUGCAAAGGGGGGAUAGGAAGGAGGUGAGAGGGAAGGAAGGUGAAUGGAAUGAGGAGUGGGUGGUGGAGCAGCAACAAGGAGAUAAGGGGGAGGAGGGACGGUUGAUGCAAGAGACGGAGAGGAAGGAGGUGCGAGUGAAAAAAGAGGACGAAGGAAAUGGGGAUUCGACGGGGGAGCAGCAGCAGGGGGGUGAGGAGGGGAGGGUGGGGGAGCAGAAGCAGGGGGGUGAGGAGGGGAGGGUGGGGGAGCAGAAGCAGGGGGGUGAGGAGGGGAGGGUGGGGGAGCAGCUACAGGGAGAGGAGAGAUGGAUAGUUGAGCAGCAGCGGCAGCAGAGGGAGCGAGAGAGGAGGAGAGCUAUGUGGGGUGGUUUGUGCUUUCAGGGGGGUGGGAUAGGGUUUGGUAAGGGGGAUGAAGAGGAGGGAGAAGAGGGAGAGGAGGCGGGGGAGGAAGAGGUGGAAGAGGAGGAACAGGAGGAAGAGCCUAUGUCCAUGUUCAUCAAUCGUUUCGAGGCAGAGGCAGAGGAAGAGGCAGCAGCAACAGUGGAAGAGCGAUUCCUUUCCAGCCUUACCGUGCCUCCCUGUGACUAUGGCGAAUAUGACAAUUAUCGGGGAUAUGGCAGUUAUAGCCAGUAUGGUUAUCAUUGGGGCGAUCGAAGUGCUGCUGGUGACUAUAGUGAGGGAAGAGAAGGGAGGUGGAGAGAGGGGGUGGGGAUGGUGGAGGGAGAGGAGGGAGAGGGGGCGGAUGGGGAGGUGGAGGAGGGGAGUGGAGGGGAGGAGUGGAUGUAUGAGAGGGAGUGGGAGGUGUUUGUGCAGACACUGAGAGAGGGGGAGAGGGGAGGGAGUGGGGAGGCACAGAGAGAAGGGGAGAGAGGAGGGAGGUGGGAAACACUAAGUGAGUGGGAGAGUGAAGGGAGAGGGGAGGGAGUGAGAAAAGGAGGGGAAUGGGCAGGGAAAGGAGGGACAAGAGGGGGGUUGGAUUGUGGAGUGGUGGUGAGGGGUACAGAGGUGCAUGGUGGGGAUGCAGAGGCUGAUAUGUGUGAUGAUGGAACAACGGUGUGUGCUAGGGAGUGGGAUACGAUUGAGUGCGAUGAAAGAGCGAGCGAGUGGGAUGGGAAGGAGUGGAAUGGGGUUGAUUGCGAUGGGAAGGAGUGGGACGGUGGUGGACGGAGUGGGACGGAGUUGUGUGGGGAGAAUGGUGGCCUGUCACAAGGUAGUAGCAACGGUGACGACGAGCCUUGCUGUCCGCUUGACUACAGCCCUGUAUGUUAUCCUGGUUAUGGUGCUGCUGGUGGUGAUGCUGGUGAUGAUGGGGAUGGUGGGGGCGAUGGUGUGUGCUAUAGUGAGGGGGAAUUGUCAAGCAAAUGUGUGGACCAGGAGGGGGAAGAAUGUGAUGAUCCGGCGAAUCGCACAACAGCGCCGUACAGUCGCUCAGUGUUUGACAGCAUUCUCCAUCAAGGCUCCAUGGCGGCAUCGCAUUCAAAAAACCCGUUUUUUCCCUCCCUUCUUUCAUUCUCGUCUUUCCUCCCCUUUCCUCUUCACUCCUCCCCUUGUUUCUCCAGAUUCCCUGAUCACCAUUCGAGGGGAUCUCACCCUCCCUCUGUCCCAGCUCCUGCCUCUAGCCACACUCCCCUUGUGCUCUACCCCAAGCCAUUCCACACUGAUGAGGGCGAUGACCAUGACGCUGCUCAGAACGUGAUAAUAGAGGCAGGUGGUUUGGAGAGAGGGGUUGGGAGUGGGAGGGAAGGUGAGCAGAUAUGGGUUGGAAAGAAGGGGAGGAGCAGGGAGGGCAGAGGGAGCAGGAGUGGUAAGGGAAAGGGAGGGCUGCGAGUGGGUAGUGAGGAGGAGAGUGAGGCGGGGAGUCCGGAGGAGGUACGGACACCUCCCACACUCACGUCUCAAAAGACACCUCCCACACUCACCUCUCAAAAGACACCUCCCACACUCACGUCUCAAAAGACACCUCCCACACUCACGUCUCAAAAGACACCUCCCACACUCACGUCUCAAAAGACACCUCCCACACUCACGUCUCAAAAGACACCUCCCACACUCACGUCUCAAAAGACGCCUCCCUCACUCACGUCUCAAAAGACGCCUCCCACACUCACGUCUCAAAAGACACCUCCCACACUCACGUCUCAAAAGACACCUCCCACACUCACGUCUCAAAAGACACCUCCCACACUCACGUCUCAAAAGACACCUCCCACACUCACGUCUCAAAAGACACCUCCCACACUCACGUCUCAAAAGACACCUCCCACACUCACCUCUCAAAAGACACCUCCCACACUCACGUCUCAAAAGACACCUCCCACACUCACGUCUCAAAAGACACCUCCCACACUCACUUCUCAAAAGACACCUCCCACACUCACGUCUCAAAAGACACCUCCCACACUCACGUCUCAAAAGACACCUCCCACACUCACGUCUCAAAAGACACCUCCCACACUCACGUCUCAAAAGACACCUCCCACACUCACCUCUCAAAAGACACCUCCCACACUCACCUCUCAAAAGACACCUCCCACACUCACGUCUCAAAAGACACCUCCCACACUCACGUCUCAAAAGACACCUGCCACACUCACGUCUCAAAAGACACCUCCCACACUCACGUCUCAAAAGACACCUCCCACACUCACGUCUCAAAAGACAACUCCCACACUCACGUCUCAAAAGACGCCUCCCACACUCACGUCUCAAAAGACACCUCCCACACUCACGUCUCAAAAGACACCUCCCACACUCACGUCUCAAAAGACACCUCCCACACUCACGUCUCAAAAGACACCUCCCACACUCACGUCUCAAAAGACACCUCCCACACUCACGUCUCAAAAGACACCUCCCACACUCACCUCUCAAAAGACACCUCCCACACUCACGUCUCAAAAGACACCUCCCACACUCACGUCUCAAAAGACACCUCCCACACUCACGUCUCAAAAGACACCUCCCACACUCACGAGGGGGCGAGCUUGCCAAGCCCAGGAGGAAGGUCCUCCCCAGUGGCAGCAUCAACCAGGUUCCCGUCAAUGUCCAGCAGGUAUGCCACUCAUGGCUCAUCUCCCACUCACGCCCACACUACCCAACCCAAUGGAACUCACGAGGGGGCAAGCUUCCCGAGCCCAGGAGGGAGAUCCUCCCCAGUGGCAGCAUCAACCAGGUUGCCGUCAAUAUGCAGCAGGUAUGCCACUCCCGGCUGAAUGA